AUGAGUGCCUGUGAAAGCUGUGGUCACUGGGAAGCUGCCUUGGCACUCAUGGAUGCAAGCCAUACCCACGGAUGCAUUGGGGAUUCAGUGGCCUUCGGCAUUGCCAUCCGCUCCUGUAGUGCAGGGUCUCUGUGGCAGCUGGCACUCUACUUGCUCUGUUCGGGUGAACAUGAGCUUGCCGGAGACAUGAUCUGCUGCAGCGCAACAAUCUCUGCUUGCUUUGAUGCCCUCGUGCUGGGGAG